CUCUGUUUUUGUCAUUUUUUUUCAAAUUGUCACUAUUCAUUCUCUCUAAUUUAUUGUAUUAAGUUGUGUAAUAAAUAAAAUUAGAAUAAUGGUCAGGCCAAUUUUGAGAAAUAAUCUAAUAAGAAUAUUGGGAAGAUAUUAUAGCGAAGGUGCAACGCAAAAUCAAACACCAAAUGUAUCCAAACCGACUACGCAAGUAAAUUCGAAUGUUCCAGGCUUGAGCAGCGCUGUAGUUCAUCCUGCAACACAACCCGUGGGCCCUGGUGUUGAUCCUAGUAAAACUGGAGCUUACAAAGUCCCUGAGUAUUUUUGUUAUGACAACACAAGCUUUUUUGAAGCGGAAAUCGAAAUGGCAAAGUAUAGAUUGCCACAACCCUCAGCUCUGAAGUAGAAUAAAAAAUAUCUACCGUCUAGUUAUGUCUAUAAUAGUGUUGUUUUAAAAUAAAUAGCAUAAUUGCAACGCA